AUGAGUCUCCUCCGCUCGGCAGCCUGCAGAGUCUGCAGAAGCUCAACGAUUCGGUUCCGCCGAGGUUUUGCGACAGCUAGCACCCAGCAGCCGAGCCAGUCAGCCCACGACAACCAUGUGCGGAUUGUCGAGGUCGGGCCUCGCGACGGACUCCAAAACGAGAAAGUCUCCAUCCCCCUCCAUACCAAGAUAGAGCUUAUCGAGCGUCUGGCAAAAACCGGUGUUUCAACAAUUGAAGCCGGGUCCUUUGUCUCGCCAAAAUGGGUUCCCCAGAUGGCGAACUCGAGCGAGAUCCUGGAACACAUCCUCCAGCAGAAGAUUGCAUCCCCCGUCCCCGUGUCGUACUCCUUCCUGGCGCCCAACAUCAAGGGCCUCGAGAACGCAGCUGGCCUGCUGAGGCAGAACCCCGGGGCGUUCGCGACGCAGCUCAGCCCCGCGGCCGAGGGUGACAAGGUCUCGACGCCGGAGAUCGAGGUGGCCGUCUUCGCGGCGGCGACGGAGAGCUUCUCCCAGCGGAACCUCAACUGCGACAUCCAGACCUCCCUCGAGCGGUUCAAGGCGGUGAUCCAGGACUCCAAGGCCAUUGGCCUGCGCGUGCGGGCCUACAUCUCCGUGGUGCUGGGGUGCCCCUUUGAGGGGUUCGACGUCGACCCGCACAGGGUGGCCGAGAUCGCCGCGGACCUGCUCGAGUCGGGCGCGGACGAGAUCUCGCUGGGCGACACGACGGGCAUGGGCACGGCGCCGCGGACGAGCAACCUGCUCAAGUGCCUGGCGGCGGCGGGGAUCCGGACCGAGGACACGGCCAUGCACUUCCACGACACGUACGGGCAGGCGCUUGUCAACACGGCCGUGUCGCUGGAGCACGGGAUCCGGACGUUUGAUAGUAGUGUGGGCGGGCUGGGCGGGUGUCCGUACAGCCCCGGGGCGACGGGCAACGUUGCCACGGAGAAUAUGGUGUACUUCCUGGAGACGCUGGGGAUGAGCACGGGCGUGGACUUGGAUGCGAUGGCAGAUAUUGGCUCUUGGAUUUCUGGGGAGCUGGGUAGGCAAAACGAUAGCAGUGUGGGCAAGGCUGUAUUAGGACAGCUAGCCACCAUGUCGGACCCCCGUGAGUCGUCGUCAUACUCGGUCGUGCCGAGGCUUCGGUACAACACUGUUGGCGGUAUCAACGGCCCUCUGGUUAUUCUUGAGAAUGUCAAAAAUCCCAAGUACAACGAGAUUGUUACCCUUACUCUGGGCGAUGGCACACAACGAUCCGGUCAGGUUCUGGAGGCUCGAGGUGACCGAGCUGUUGUCCAGGUCUUCGAAGGAACUUCUGGUAUCGAUGUGAAGAAGACCAAUGUCGAGUUCACAGGCCAGAGCUUGAAGCUCGGUGUCUCAGAGGACAUGCUUGGCCGAGUCUUCGAUGGAUCCGGUCGAGCCAUGGACAAGGGCCCCAAGGUCUUGGCUGAGGAUUACAUUGACAUCAACGGAAGUCCUAUUAACCCAUUCUCCCGAGAAUACCCCGAGGAGAUGAUUUCGACUGGUAUCUCCGCCAUUGACACCAUGAACUCAAUUGCUCGUGGUCAGAAGAUCCCCAUUUUCUCCUCAGCUGGUCUGCCUCACAACGAAAUUGCCGCCCAGAUUUGUCGACAGGCAGGUCUUGUCAAGAAGCAGGGUGUCACCAACAAGGGUGUUCAUGAUGGCCACGAGGACAACUUCUCCAUCGUCUUCGGUGCCAUGGGUGUCAACUUGGAAACCGCUCGUUUCUUCACCAACGAUUUCAAGCAGAACGGCAGUCUGGAGCGUACCACACUGUUUGUUAACAUUGCUAGCGAUCCUACUAUCGAACGUAUCAUUACACCUCGUCUUGCCCUGACGACGGCUGAAUACUACGCCUACCAGCUCGAGAAGCACGUCCUGGUCAUUCUUACCGACUUGUCUUCUUACUGCGAUGCCCUCCGUGAAGUCUCGGCGGCCCGUGAAGAAGUCCCAGGUCGACGUGGUUACCCCGGUUACAUGUACACUGAUUUGUCGACCAUCUACGAGCGUGCUGGACGUGUGACUGGCCGCAAUGGCUCCAUCACCCAGAUCCCCAUUCUGACCAUGCCCAACGAGGAUAUUACUCACCCUAUUCCCGAUCUUACUGGUUAUAUUACCGAGGGACAGAUCUUCGUCGACCGUCCCAUGUACAACCGUGGUAUCUACCCUCCCAUCAACGUGCUUCCAUCGCUGUCGCGUUUGAUGAAGUCUGCCAUUGGUGAGGGUAUGACCCGUCGUGACCACGGUGAUGUUUCCAACCAGCUGUACGCCAAGUACGCCAUCGGUCGUGAUGCCGCUGCCAUGAAGGCUGUGGUGGGUGAGGAAGCUCUGUCAAACGAAGAUAAGCUCUCUCUCGAAUUCUUGGAUAAGUUCGAGCGUCAAUUCAUCAGCCAGGGUGCCUACGAAUCUCGCAGCAUUUUCGAGUCCCUUGAUUUGGCAUGGAGCCUCCUCCGUAUCUACCCCAAGGAGCUUCUCAACCGUAUCCCCGCCAAGGUCCUCAACGAGUACUACCAGCGUGCCCAGAAGGAGGCCAAGUCAAAGGGAAAGCAGAAGGCUGCCGCUGACGCUACAAGCCAGCAGCAGGCCGAGGGAAACCUGGUUGAAGUGUAA